CAAAAAUCCUGAGGCAGAAAAAGAAACCGCAUUCCACAAGCAAAGAUCAAAACAGCAGCUCCUUCUUUGACUGAGACAAAAAAACAGCUUCUUCUAUGGAGUCCUCCAUAAACUCUUCCGAACACUAUUACGACUAUUAUUAUGAAUCCAAUGCUACUUUUGACUACUCUUCACAUGAAAUGCUUUGCCUCAAAGAUGAGGUGAGAACAUUCAACAAGUUAUUCCUACCGGCAUUUUAUUCCAUUGUUUUCCUUCUUGGACUGCCUGGGAAUUCCCUUGUGAUAGCAAUCUAUGCCUACAUCAAGAAGCUAAAGACCAGGACUGAUGUAUACAUCAUGAACUUGGCAAUUGCUGAUUUGUUACUGCUUUUUACUCUUCCAUUUUGGGCUACCAAUGCUGUACAUGGAUGGGUGUUUGGCAUCCCAUUAUGCAAAAUCACCACUGCCAUUUACACCAUGACCUUCAGCGCCAGCAUGCAGUUCCUGGCCUGCAUCAGUGUGGAUAGGUAUAACAACAUUGUCAAAUCCUCAGGUCAACAAAGAAUCACAAAAUUCUGCAGUAAAACCUGUUUCUUUGUCUGGAUGGCUGCCACAUUUCUUUGCAUCCCUGAUCUCAUUUUCAAUCAAGUCAAGGAGCACCGUGGAACAAGGGCAUGUAUUUCUACAUUUCCAGAGAGCCUGGGCAAAGUAAUUAAAAUGAUUAUUGAAGCUGGAGAAAUGGCACUAAGUUUUGUGUUGCCCUUCUUCAUUAUGCUGAUCUGCUAUUCAGCUGUGGCCAGAGCUCUCUUCAAGAGUCCCAGUGUUAAAAAAUCCCAGCCUCUGAAAAUUCUUGUGGCAGUUGUUUCUGUUUUUAUUGUCACCCAGCUGCCCUACAAUGUGAUCAAACUUUGGAGAGCCAUAGAUAUUAUUUAUCCCUUGAUCACAGACUGCAAGACAAGCAAAGCCAUGGAUGUUGCACUCCAAGUAACCAACAGUAUUGCUUUGUUUCAUAGUUGCCUGAACCCCCUCCUGUAUUUUUUUAUGGGAGCAUCCCUCAGAAUGCACAUGGUGAAACUGGCAAAACGUUAUGGCUAUUGGAGAAGACAACAGAACACACCACCAGAAGAGAUUCCUAUGGGCUAUGAAGAAUCGGCAGAACAAACAAGCAGUUUUACUAUUUAGAAUAUUAGUGCAGACUCUGUGGUCCUCCAGCCGCUACUGGACAUCUCAACAUCUUUGACCACUAGCCAUAGUGACCAGGGCUGAUGGGAUCUGUUUAGCAACAUAUGGAGUUUAUAAGCAACAGAUUCUUCCCCCAUUUCAGAGAACGUGGAGAUGGAUGACUGCUAAACUCCAUCUGUUUUGCCUAUUCAUUGCAUAAUAAUUUUGGAAUAAUUCCCUUGUUACUGUUAACUGACAUUGACUUUGACUUAUGGCGAUCCCAUGAACAAGAGAACUCACCCUGUCAUCAACAGCCCUGCUUGGGUCUUGCAGACUCCCUUGAUUAAGUCUAUCCAUCUGUAAUGUGGUAUUCCUCUUUUCUUACUGCCUUCUACCGUACCAAGCAUUAUUGUCUCUGCUAGUGAGUCAUGUCUUCUCAUGAUAUGAUUAGUCAUCUUGGCUUCUAAAGAGACUUUAGUCUUCAGUUUGCUCUAGUACCCCUUUAUUUGGUUAUUUUUUUUUUUAGCAGUCCACAGUUUCCUAGGCAUCUAAAAAAGACUUGCUCAUUAAAAACUUCAUGUUGAUUCAUUGAGUCGCUGUAAGAAAGUCAAGUUAAAGAGGUAGCUGAGUAAUCUGAUCUCCAGGCAACACAGGCACAGCACAACUUUUUUCAUUCAUACUUUGCAGUGCAAUAUAACACAAAAAUAGGUUAAGUUAUUUUUGUUAGAACUCCCAAAACAUCCCUGCCAGCAAAUUCUCCAUAAUCUCCCAAUCUGUUGCCAGUUGUGAGUUGUAUUUCAAUAAGUAACUUUUUCUCUUUGAAUAGGAUAUAGUUAAUACAAUCUAACUUAUGAACAGAGCAAACACCACGUUAUUUCUAGCAAUUUAUCAUAAAAAAACAACAACACAAUACCUAUAAGCAACGAUCCCAUACUCUUUUUCACUGGAUAAAAAGCCCACUACAAUCAGCAGGACUUACUUGUGAGUAAACACAUACAGGAUUGUUGUACUGAUCAAAGGUUCUCAUAGGAAAGCAAAAAGAGGGCUAUGCUUACACAAGGAAGUUGGGUGAUCAGAUGUUUUCAAAAGCUAUUGUUCUUAAACUGACAUUUUUGCCUGGAUGAGGAAAGAGGAUGGUAUCUGACCUACUCUGUCUGGGAUAGCUAGUCUACAGGGGAAAGGAAGGAGAACUAUGCAUGCCUGGAUUUUCUUUUGAGCCAAAAACAUGGCUAUAAUUCUUCCCUUCCCUCAGAUUCCUUUCUUCCUCUGUAUCAAUUUAGAAUGCAGACUUUGUCCUUGGGACUGGAAUGUAAAAGGAAGGAGAUAAAUUAAUGGUCCAGGCUUUAUUUAGAUCAAAGAACAAGCGACAAAGCCGGAUGACUCCCUACACCAUUUUGGCAUCUGAAGUAGCUCCAAAGUUUGAGCCUCCUCAUAAAGAUACUGAGCAGAAUUAGCCACCAAAUAAAAUAAAACACCAGGGACAUUUUCUCCCCAAGAAGAACUGUUUUAUCUUGCAAUAUAUAAUUUGGAAUCAUAUUUUAUUUGGGAAGAAACAAGGGGAGGAAGUUUGGAAUGGGGGGCAAGGAAAUCAACAGGAGAGUUCAGAUAUGUUGAGAAAUAACAGUAAUAAGACCUCAAAACAAGGGUCCCAUGUGACUUUCCUCUCCCUGCCAAUUGUGCUCAUGAUUUUGACCAUCCGAUUGUGUGACUAUGGAACUGUAAUGCACAUGUUGUAUUUGUGUCUGCAAAGGACUGUGAUGGUCAUGCUUGUAACAACCUUUUACUGCUGAGCCGAUUUGAAUUUAUGCACUGUGCCUUUUUUUGCCUGUUCCUUUCAGAUUGCAGUACACAUACAAUAAGAGGUAUCUACACUGCACAAUUGUUAAAUUUGAUCCCAUCCUAUGGAAUCUUGGGAUUUUUAGUUUGGGGAUGUGCUUAGAGUUUUCAGCCAGACUGGUCUAUUAUUACAGCAUAAGCACUUCAACAAAUUACAAAUCCCAGAAUUCCAUAGGUGGGGGCCAUACCACUUCAACUAGCAUCAAACUGUCCAUAAUUAUACAGUGUGGAUAGCCACAAGAGUUGUUUGAACAAUGCUCUUCUGACAUACAUUUGCUAGUGAAAAAUCCUUUUCAUGCUGCUUUGUAUUGCCCCAAUUCUGACGUUCCACUCUUCUCCAAAAAUGAACCAGUAUAACAUUCCACAUCAAACUGAGCAUCUUUAGAUUGUGUUGGACUAUUUUAGGAAUUCCUUCCUAUGGCAGUUUUUAAAAUGUUGUGCAGGUUGUUCAAAAGUAAGAUCUACUUUGUUCAUGGGGUCUCAAAAAUUCCCAUUUUGUUCGAUUUGAUCAAAUAUUAUAACUAUCAUGUAGUUGUACAUAGAACUACAGUCUUGUAAUGCAAUGGAUUUUACUAUGAGCAAAUGAUUCUCCUUUUCUUCUUGCCAUUUUUCCAAUGUUUAAAGCUCUGGAGCCAAUGGUCAAGGAGUAAUAUAUAGAACUUUGAUCAAGUAUUGUAUUGGCCUUGCUUACAGCAACUUGAUUUAUCUAAGCUCGAUUUCACUACCAGACCCUCUCCCCACUUAUGUAACUUUAACUUCACAUGGCUCAGAAGGUUUAGAUUACAUUGGAACUAGCAUUUUAACUGCUGAGAACUCUUUGGUCAAGUAGCAUAUUGGCCUUGCUUGUUACAGAUAAUUUCUCUACUAUUUUUCUCACUUGUAUCCAAUUUUGUUCCUAUGUGGUAUUGUGUCCAAUUCUUUUAGUAUUUAGCUACACUUCAGGAACUUGUACUGCACUGUCUGAGUGCCCUAAAGGUGUUUACAAGCAGACAAAUGUGAACAAGAAUGUAUGGCUGAACCUACAGUGACUCUAUUCUCUAUUGCAUUAGUUCCACUAGGUACUAGACACUUCUGCCAUUAUCUCAACUGAAACCACAUGUAAUAAACUGGGACUUUCUCACUCUAAUCCCCAUUUGAAGAUGCCUAGCCCCACAAUGUUCAGCUCAGUUUAUUUAUUAUAUAUACACAUAUCUUUUAUAAAGUUACUACACAAUGGCCACCUUAAGGUAAGUGACACUUGACUGUUCUCCCACUAACUUUUGAUUACUGCCACUUCAGAGGUCAGAUUUGUCCUCAUUUAUUUGUUGGUAUAGAAAUUAGCCUGUUUGUCCAGUAUGAAAAUCCAGAAGGGCAUUGCUGAAGAAAGCACUAAAUUCAAUUGUUAGUCUCAACUAACAAUUCAAAAUCAGUUUUUAAAAAAAGUUGAAAAUGGGUUUCUCAAGUAUCAGGAAAUCCUGAUGAGGAAAAUCCUAGAUGUACCAGAAUCUUUGCAUUUCAAAGAUUCAUUCAGUGCAAAACAAUAUCUUCUUUUCUAACACCUAAACACCCUAAAGGCACCAGAUCUCACCUGAUCUUGGGAGCUAAGCUGGGUCAGUCCUGAUUAGUACUAUGAUGGGAGACACCAACAAAUACCAGGUGUUGUAGGCUCUAUUUCAAAGAAAUGAAGUGAAAGACCACCGCUAAAUUUUCCUUGUCUAAGAAAACACUAUGAAAAAUUCAUGGGGCUGCCAUAAGAGGCUCUUGUGGUCUCAUCCAACUCUCUUUUUUGCCAAAGAAUAUAUGGCCAAUCUACUUGACCUGAAAGAUUCAGAAGUCCACACUUUGGUUGUCCAUGAAAUCUCAACAGAUUUUGAACUCCUCAGAUGCCUAGAGCAGCGCUGUUAAUGAUAAUUCACCAUGCAGUCAUAUAUUGGGAUAAAGAUCAGUAGCAAAUGUCACAUUUGACAUGAGAAAGAUUCAGGGUCCAAUCCCUGACAUCUCCAUGUUGGACUGACAAAAACCUCUACUGUAUUUGAAACCCAGGAAGCUGGAAAAGUUAAAAAAGAGGCCCAUUAAAAAGAUAAAACAAAAACAAUUAUCAGCCAUCCUGAGAUUUAUUUUCAUCUUCUCACAAGAACAAAAAGAUCACCAAUUUCCACUGGGUUUUUUUUUAUAACACCACUGCAUUUUAUAGAAAAUAAUUUUCUGUGCAAAAUAAAUAUUUUGCAUAUAACAUGGUUUUUGGGACAAUACAGUUUUGCAGAAUUUUCACAAAAAUACUUAAAAUGUGUGUGUUUGUGGCAGGGGGGAGGGGGAAAUAGCUCAAAAAUGCUUGAAAACCCAUAUGGAUAGAAAACUUUGAAAAUGCUUCAUUUUCACAUGUGAAAGUGAAACAAGGGGAGAUUUCUCUCCCUCUUGAGAGCCACUGCAUUUUUAGAGACCAAGCUUUCUGGAUUUCACACAAGAAUUGUUCCAUUCCAGCUGGAGAUGUCAGGGAGUGAACCUGGAACUUCUUCAUGCUGGGCAUGAGCUUUACUAAGCUGUACUCCAACAUAUGAGUGUAAUGUGAGUGAUUUUUAAUAGCACAGCUGUAGGCAUCUGUAUGUGGUACUUCUCACCAACCAAAGCCUGGAUAUCUGAAUACUUCAAAUCAAAUAUGCUGACCAUUCCUUGCCAGAAAGAAAAGAAAGAGAAAAAAAGAGUAUUAAAGAAGAAGUAAAAAUAACAGAUAAACAGUAUUGGGAUAGAUGAAACAACAGCCUAAGUGCCCCUGCAUCUGCACAGCCAUCCUACUGAAUUCAACAGAGACUAUGUCAAGUAAGUGAAUUACAGCCUUUCUGAUUUAUACAAACUAUAGAGAAUUUCAUUAUGCUAUUUGGGCAGUGUUGACAGAAGGUCAUUCUAGAUUUUUCAUAAUAACAAUGCAACAUACAAAUGACUGCAGUUGAAUACUCUGUUGUGUUAAUGUGUAAUGUCUGAACAAGUAUAUACAUUUAUAUCAUUUGCUUUAUACUGUUUCUUAUAUAGUUUUAACUCUACAAAUGGUUUAACUGCAUUUUAAAAAUACCUUUUAUAUGUUUUUACUGAUUUUUUUGUAUGUGUUUUAAUGUUUUUGUUUUAAAUUUGUAAAAUACCUCAAGUCUUAAUGUUGGGAAAAGGUGAGAAAGAAAGAAAGAAAGAAAG